CCUCUUCUGGCAAGUUGAACCUAUGAGUGCGCAGCUCAACUUACAACUAUCAACAGCCGGGAGGGUGAGCGCGUGUGACCGCCAAGGGGGGCGCAGGACCCUGGCAACUUCUACGCAGGACCCCAGCCGGCCGCCAGAGUCUGGGGCUGCCUGAGAGCCCGGCGCCUGCUCCUCCCCUCCACGCACCGUGGAGGCGUCCCAGGGCCGUCCUGCUAGCCCCGACGGGAUGCCCGCAGCCAUGCUCCCCUACGCUUGCGUCCUGGUACUUUUGGGAGCCCGCACUGCAGAGGUACUUGGGACAGCAGGGGGUGGCCGCCUGCGCUGGGAACCUCACUGCCAGCAGCCCCUGCCCAACAGAGUGCCUGUCACUGCACUGCUGCCUCCACGCCUCGAGGGACCCUGGAUCUCCACUGGCUGCGAGGUGCGCCCAGGCCCAGAGUUCCUCAUCCGCUCCUACACCUUCUUCCCCAACCGCCUGUUCCGAGCCUACCAGUUCUACUACAGGGACCCCCUCUGCCGGGAGCCCGCCCACUCCCUGCUCAUCAAGGGCAAGGUCCGCCUGCGCCGGGCUUCCUGGGUCACCCGGGGUGCCACCGAGGCCGACUACCACCUGCACAAGGUUGGCAUCGUCUUCCACAGUCGCCGAGCCCUGCUCGAUGUUGCCGGGCGCCUCAGUCGGACCCAGACCGGCCGGGACUGCGCCCAGCGACUGCCCCCAGCCCGGGCCUGGCUGCCCGGGGCGCUGUAUGAGCUGCUGAGCACCCGGGCUGAGCGGGAUUGCACGGCGGCCCUGGGUUUCACCAUGCACGAGCUCAGCCUCGUCCGUGUGCAGAGCCACCUGCAGCCGCAGCCCCCCACCGGGCCCUGGCUGGUGGAGGAGCUGUACCUGGGAGACAUCCACACCGACCGGGCAGAGAGGCGGCACUACCGGCCCACUGGCUACCAGCGCCCGCUGCAGAGCGCCCUGCACCACGCACACCCCUGCCCAGCCUGCAGCCUCAUUGCCCGCUCGGACGAGCAUCACCCGCCUGUGCUGCCCGGUCAGGCAGCCCUGCCCCUGCGCCUGGGCGGCCGGUGGGUCAGUCCCGGGUGCGAGCUGCGCCCCGCCGUGCUUUUCCUCACCAGGCUCUUCACCUUCCAUGGGCAUAACCGCUCCUGGGAAGGGUACUACCACCACUUCUCGGACCCUGCCUGCCGGCAGCCUACCUUCACCGUCUACGCAGCCGGCCACUACACCAGGGGCAUGCCGUCCACCAAGGUCCUCGGCGGCACCGAGCUGGUGUUCCAGGUCACAAGGGCCCGCGUGACUCCCAUGGACCAGGUCACCACGGCCAUGCUCAACUUUUCCGAGCCAAACAGCUGCGGGGGCCCGGGGCCCUGGUCCCUGGGAACCGAGCGGGAUGUCACAGCCACCAAUGGCUGCCUGCCACUGGGUAUCAGGCUCCCCCACAUAGAGUACGAGCUUUUCAAGAUGGAGCAAGACCCCCUCGGGCAAAGCCUGCUUUUCAUCGGACAAAGGCCCACCGACGGGUCAAGUCCAGACACCCCAGAGAAGCGUCCUACAUCCUACCAAGCCCCCCUGGUGCUUUGUGACAGGGUGGCCCGGGACUUCUCCAGGCCGCCACAGCACCGGCCUCUGCUGCAGGAGCCCCUCGGUGGUGGGGCACGGUGUCCUCGAGGGGCCCUUCUCCCCCUUCUGCUCCUAGUUCUCAGGCUGGCCUUCCUUGAGUGGCUAUGAAAUUGCUCUUCCACUUCCAGACAGCUCCUCGGGACACCGUCUGACCCCAGGGACUCCCUCCCAGCACAGACUCCCCCACUUGUCCGUGAGGAAGGCCAGCCCUUUCCCUCUCCUCUGUCACAGACGGCUGCCCUGCCACUGUCAGCUCAGCCUGAGUCCUGGUGCCUCAACGGUCUACACCGCGGCCGGCAACCGAGUCCUGAGCACGGCCUGGGCGCCGUGGCAAUGUCAACUGCUUUGAGUUUCACACGCUCGCUCCCAAUUUUCGUGGGCAGUUUGGGGACCGGCACUGGGGUGUAGACAACACCUGGUCGCCCUGCUCGCCGGCACCCCUUCCCUCUCUGUACCUUUGGGGUUUUGUGCGACGGGGAUGAGGGUCUGCCUGGGGACGCUGCCACCGGUCUGCCCGCCUGCGGGUUGUGUUCAAAGAUCAUUAAUUCGAAUUGGGGAACUUGUACACUCAAAGCGGAGCCAUGAAUUAAAGAUGUCGCUCGGGGCUUUCAGUUCUCAGCUCUCUGGCAGAGGGCUUGUCUCCUCAGGGGCGAGUCGGCUUUCUUGAGCUCUGACUGCUGGCAUCUGCCUGUGCUUCCGUGAGUCAGGCCUCAAGCUGUCCACACUGCGUGCAUGAAUCGAGCCCUCCUGGCCCGCGCUCACCCAGCGGCUCCACCUGAGCCGAGAAGCGUGGCUUCCCUUGCCCCCACCAAACACUACGCGCUGGGCUGGCUGCUGGGGGCAGAUCUUCAGAGGAAAGCGGUAUUUCCAGCCUUUGGAAAGUAAUUAAUACUAAUGAUAGCAGUAACACCAACGUGCUCUGUAAUUCGCCCUGUACAGGCGUCCUCUGUUUUCAAGAUUCCCUGUGUUUGACUGACAAGGAGGGAGAAAAACCUUCGAGAGUGUGUUUGGGACCACCUGAGGGAGAGAGGUCGGGGUCACUGGGCUACCUGGCGACAUCUGGAGGAGGAGGCAGCCUUCUCGCCACGAUGCUGAUGUGCUGAUGUCCGCCUAGGCUCAGAAGACGCGGUCACCAAGGUGGGGACAGGCUGUGCCUCUCCAGGGUCCCUGCCUGUGUUCCCAGGGCCUCAUCUGCACAUUGCAAAAUUAGCCGGCAUCCUGGUGGGCUCAAGGGUUUCUGGGACUGUGUGUGGACAGAGCCCCUCCAUCCCCGCCUGAGUCCUAUCUCUGGCUCUCAUCACAGAUCUUGAACAACAAUUGUCUGUGAGGCUAAUGACGCUUUCAGAAGGAAGCCCUUGUUCUCCGUCAGAUUGUGUGGGGUUCAAUCAGCCCGCUGAAAUUGCUCUAACUUAUCUACCCAUUCUUCUCAAAAAAAACAAAAAAAAAUACCCACCAAUCCACCAAGUUAAUAUUGUCUAUAGGUCUCAGAGAAGCUACGAGUGUUCCUGGCAUAUUUA